GAGACAAUCUUGACAGCCCACGUGAACGGAAAAAACAAAACUUUAAGGACAAGCUUGCAGGAUUAUUUACAUUAAAGGACAAUAAAGAUAGAGAAGAAAAUGGUUUUCACAUACAGCUUAAUUGUGGUACUUAUGUCAUUAUUUGGGGCGGUCUUGUCUCAGGGCUGCCACAAAGACUGCAUCUGUAGAGCUAAUAACGUCAAAUGUCCAGCCUCAGUCAACUUCCCCGAGUCUUUUCCUACAAAUACAGAGAAAAUAACGUUUGAUGAAAUCACUGCGGUUGAACUCCCACCAAAUGCCUUUGCACAUCUACCUAACCUGACCAGUAUACAUUUCAGUCGCUGUAAUUUUGGACAAAUUAGCACAUGCGCAUUUCCAAGAAAGCAUAAAAAUUUACGAAUCACCUUUGAUCUAACUGUCAUUGGCGAAAUUAAAGAGGGCGCUUUCAGAGAUUUAGGAGUGACUUCUAUUUCAUUCGCAAAAUCGACGAUUACUACGAUAAGGGCAUAUGCUUUCUGGAAUAUAAAAACCGACUUUAAGCUAACAUUCACAAGUACCACGGUGCACAAAUUUGAAUCAUUCGCAUUUUACAAUGUUAGUUCAGAGAACGACAUAAAGUAUGAAGAUGGCACAAUUAAGUAUAUGAUGAAUUCUGCGGUCAAAGAUAGUAUAUUUGACAUGCUGAUAUUGAACCGAGUCCUUUUCGAAAAACUGGAAUGUAACGCUUUCCUUGCCCUCGUGAAAAAGCCUCCUCAAGUUUCAGAUAUUAAAUUUCUUUGCAACUGUGAUACAGAAUGGAUGAAGACAAUAAGUCCAGAUCCGUUAUUUGCACUGAUGCUGAAGAUCGGAACCUGUAAAGCUCCAGAGAAACUGGAAGGAGCAACAAUGAAAGACGUUCUUGAUAACAACAGAGUCGAAAACUGUCCGGAAAUUAGCAAUGCGGGAAGCACGUGUCAACUUCCUCCACAAGAUAUCCCAGAAUUCAAGUGUACGGAGAGGAUUAUCAUGGGCCCUGGUGAACCGGAAAGAGCUGGACCUGGGUCAAAGAAAAAGUCACCUAGAGGUGAUGCCAGUCUAACAUAUCCUUGUUGGGCUUUGAUUGCUGUUAUCAUCAUAUCCCUUCAACUUUAAAGGAGAAACAAUAAAAACAUUUUUAUCCUAUUUUUAAUUGUAAUUACUAAAAGUUCGAAAAUUGACAAUGACAUUUAACGUAAUUCUCAUUAAACUUGUUACAGUUGUAGAGAACAAGUUCGGAAAAUGCCAGAAUGUACGAAAUCACUUACAUGUGUAUGCUUGAAAUGUUAAAACAGGAUUUUCUAAAUGUCAGACAUGGUACUGCGUACAUAUGACAUAAUUAUUUACCUUUAAGGACAUACGCAAGGUACCUUACCAACUGAUAAUUUUUCAAGAUAUUCUAAAUUUAAAUUUAUAAUACCAUCACAUGUUCUUAGGCAAAAUAUCGGCAUGUGUUACCAGGGAUUUCGAAAAGUUAUCAAAUUAUGAAAAUUAUUGCAUUAUUCAAUGAAAAAUGUACAAAAAUUACAAAACAUAAAUUCCACAUAUUUUUUCCAUCAGAAUUUGUUUAAGAAGAGGUGUACAAACCCACAUAUAGACAUUUUAAAUUAUUGCACACAGGUCCUUCAUAUAGUGGAACUCUUCAACUCCAGAGAAGAACCCAAUAAAGUUCAAACUACGUUGCGUACGACCUUAAAGGGACAUGGACACAGUUUCGGCUAAAAUUUCAAAUAUAUAUAUGUAUAUUUUUAUUUUUUUUCUGUUUUCAAAUAUUUAACCAAGGUAUUUCUAGUGAUCAUCAAAAGUUUGAAUUUCAGUUGUAGAGAUACAAGACAUAUUUUGAUCUCUAAACCUUUGUUAUAUAAACAGAGCUUGUGCCAUGUUUUGUUACAUAGAUUAAAUAUACUUAUAUAUUAUUUUAAUCAUAUAUUCCAAGCUCUCUGAUUGGCUUAAACUUGGUCACAUGAUUUAGUAUAUAAUAGCAUAUAGACUUGAGUUACUAAUUAUAGAAUCUGAAAUGCAUAUCGACUUGAUGUUUCUUAAAAUAGAGGGAAUUUUCUGUAAAACAAAAUAUUAAUGGGAAAGAUUUCACAAUUAUAGCUAAUACAGUAUAUGUCUUGAUGUUUCUGCAACUUGUAUUUAAAUUUGAAAUGUUCUGUAACUCACAAGACGUAACAAUGGCCUGAAUUAGGAUCUACUUAAUAUUAGAACAUACUGAAUAUCUUUGUCAAAAUCGAUACAAAACAUAAUCAAAAAGAUGUACAAUUGUAGUAUUUUCAAUUAGUAAAUCCUCUAAAUUUACAUUUGUAUAUGUAAAAAUCUAAAAAUGUCAUUGAAAGUUUAACACAGUUAUACUAAACAACUUAAUUUAUUUUGAUUUCUAGGCUCUAAGUGUUUAAGAGAGAAAACUUGUGGUUUGUUCCCAUUUUUUCAAAUUGUUUUUUAUCAACCUCUAUAAAAAAUAAUAUAACAAAUGUAGCCCUUUAAUUCGGUCAAUCCAUAGAUAUAUCGACUUCACAGAAAAGCAUAUCGACCUCGCAUUUCGUGCUCGGUCGAUAUGCUUUUCUGUGAAGUCGAUAUAUCUAUGGAUCGACCUCAUCAAAGGGCUAUAUUUAUAUAAUAUAUAUUCGUUCAAAGCAGUUUUUUUUUCAAAUAAGAAGUUAAUUCUGAAUACGAUUAGGCACUUUCUAGCGAUUUGCUGAAUCUUGUUUUGUUAUUUAAAUAUAUUUUUAUGUGUAAACAAAAACAAGGCACGAGCCGUAUAAAUUUACGUACAUUAUGAAGAAAUUUUAAGUUCUGUGACUAUUUUGUAAAUCAACAAAUGAUGUUCAAAUUUUUGCUGAUCAUUAAAAUUGCCAUAUUUAGGAAUUGUAAACAUUAAAAUUGGUUUUUAAAAAAAAAAAUCAGUGGAAACUGUGUCCAAGUCCCUUUCAAGUCUUUGUUUCAACAUGUGACAUCACAAAACUGUUGAUUUAAAAUUAAAUAUAUACUAGUAACAGAUGAUAUUAAUGCAUAUAAAUUUUCUUAUUUCUUGUUAAUACAUGUAUUAUUUUUGACAAUUUGAUCAAUAUAUAUAUAUUCAGUGUUACUCUUAAAGUAGUAAUCUUAUCUCGUGACACUGUACAUAAAUUAUGUUAUAGCAUGACCUUAUUCUAAAAUAAAAACGGUGCAGAAUUACAUAAUCAUUUUUGUUAUCUAGAUCAUGGAUGUAACAAAGUUGUUCCUUGCUUGCACACUGGCGUUUCUGACUUUAAAUAAACUAUGUGAAGGAAAAUUGACAGGUGAAAAUAUUGAAGAAGAAUUCAUCAAGUUGAAAAACCGAGUCGAGAAGCUGGAAGAGACAACACUAAAACAGUCCGGCGAAUUGUCUAUGCUACAGGAAACCGUGUCCAUGCUUCAAAGAAAAACAGAGAGACAAUCCAACAUAAUUACAUACCUUUAGAAAAAGACCCUUGGUUACAGAAGAGUGAUCGUGAAACAGAAAACUGCGUUAUGGAAUCCAGAAAACAAAGAAUUUCGUCAAAUGCAUGGAAGUAAAAUGGAAAAUGGCACUCACUUGAACUCCAGUUUCAAAGUACAUACCAAAACGCGCCGUAAUAAUUCUUUGAAACGAAAAACGACGAAGUCAUAUGGCAAUUUCAUUACCCGUAGAGGUUAGGAAAGUUUAAUACAGAGUUUUUAAAUAAUUAAUGAACACGUACAUGUACAUUUGCAAGUUUAUUAAUUAGUAUUACGAAAACCUGUCUUCCAGAGUUAAUUAAAGAAACAAUGCAUUCUCGUCAGUUUUUCUUGCAUAUACAUUGAGUUUGACUUGUAUUAUACUAAUUUUAUCAAACCAUCCAGCGUAAUGUCUAUUAAUUCCGUAUAAGGGAACAAAUAUUAAAUUUUCUUUUAGAACGACUUUUGAUACCAUUAACAACAACAACAACUCCCAGUUGGGAUGCCGUGGCUUUUUAUGCAUAUAUGUCAUCACAUCACAACGAGAUGGGACCCAAUCAUGUUCUGGUUUUCGAUGUUGUAAAAACAAAUUCCGGUAAUGGUUUUCAUCGAAAUACUGGAGUAUUCAUUGCCCCCAAAUCAGGAUUAUACGCAUUCUACUGGAAUUUUCGGGUGUUUAAUG